AUGGUUUCUGAUGUCUUUCAAUAUGAUGCUCGGCUUAACUUUGUACACUGGAAAGACACUCGUGACCCUUCCCUCCUCAAUUGGAAGCGAGCUCCCUCAACAGUGUUCAGAGGCUUCGCAUCUGGCACUCUUAAAUUCCAGCCCUACUUCCUCCCAGUGUGUAGCCCAGCCCCUCUUGUAGAUCCGGGAGUCUCUUUUGCGCCGCUGGUGGAUCAAUUUAAUCUGCACGAUGGCCAAUCUCUUGGAUACGCUCAGGCUUCGGCCAAAACAUUUCGUCUGUCUGUUCUGUCGUCGGUGGAACAACCCUUGGUCUUGCAGAAUGUCUCUGCUGCUAAUUGGAAAUUCUUUUGGUCCCUAUCUCUUAUCUACAUUCAACGUAAUGUGAUAUACCGGUACAUCAUCGCAGGCUGUAUCCCUUCUAGAAGCAGAUUACACUACAUGAUGCCUGCAUUUUUCGAGUCCCACAAUUGUCCUGUCUGCUUGUCUCCCAAUGAAACUGCCAGCCACCUGCUCUUUGACUGUCCAUCCAAAGUAAAAGUAUGGCAAGGCGUCAUUUUCGAAUUCCUUUGGCCCACCACGACUAUCACUGACAUCAAAGAGACUCUUCUGUCCCUAGACUUCUCGGAUAUCUGGUACUCCCAAGUCAAAGGCAUCCGUCCAUACAGAAUCAUACUCAUCACCCCGUCUCAAAUAUGGCUAGCCCAUAUGUGA